AAUAUCUCUGAGCAUAAUGUCUCGGCGGAGAAUGCGCCGUGCGCCUCCUGGAGGAAGACCAUGGGUUUGAUCUUCCGCUCUUUCUGGAGGAAUCAGUAUCCCGUCAUGCACCGCUGUUUGAGCGGCACGGCACGGCACAUCAACGUGUUCUGACCAGGACAUGCAGCUCCUUCAUUGAUUUGAAAAAAAUCAUCAACUCUGUGUCCAUUUUAAGUUUAUGAAUUGAUUUUAUUUAAUCUUUGCUUGAAAAGCAGGAGCGCGUCUGUUUGAGCGAGAUGUCUUUGGUUUGUGCGAUUUCAAACGAGGUGCCGGAGCACCCCUGUGUCUCUCCUGUUUCCAAUCAAGUGUUUGAGAGACGUCUGAUCGAGAAAUACAUAGCGGAGAAUGGAGCCGACCCCAUCAAUGGACAGCCACUGUCUGAGGAGCAGCUCAUUGAUAUCAAAGUGUCUCACCCCAUUCGACCGAAGGCUCCCUCUGCCACUAGUAUUCCCGCGAUCCUCAAAUCUCUGCAGGAUGAGUGGGAUGCUGUAAUGCUGCACAGUUUUACUCUGAGGCAACAGUUGCAGACCACUCGACAGGAGCUGUCUCACGCUCUCUACCAGCACGAUGCAGCCUGCAGAGUCAUUGCUCGUCUCACGAAAGAGGUCACUGCCGCCAGAGAGGCUUUGGCUACACUCAAACCUCAAGCCGGACUGAUCGCUCCACAAGCCGCUCCUGCUUCUCAGCCUGCAGCUGUGGGUGCUGGCGGUGAGGCCAUGGAGAUCAGUGAGCAGGUUGGAAUGACUCCAGAGAUCAUACAGAAGCUCCAAGACAAGGCCACCGUCUUAACCACCGAGAGAAAGAAGAGAGGAAAGACUGUGCCGGAGGAGCUGGUCAGAGCAGAAGAUCUCGGCAAGUACCGCCAAGUGGCGUCGCAUGCUGGUCUUCACAGUGCCAGUAUACCAGGAAUCCUCUCUCUGGAUCUCUGCCCAACAGACACCAACAAAGUCCUCACCGGUGGUGCGGAUAAGAACGUGGUGGUGUUUGACCGUCGGGAGGAGCAGAUUGUUGCCACCCUCAAAGGGCACACCAAAAAGGUCUCGUCUGUCAUCUACCACCCUGCUCAGUCGGUGGUGUUCUCAGCGUCUCCAGACAGCACUAUCCGUGUGUGGUCGGUCAGCGGGGGCAACUGCGUGCAGGUGAUCAGAGCCCACGAGGCCAGUGUUACCGGCCUCUCUCUGCACGCUACCGGAGACUACUUACUGAGCUCAUCUGAGGACCAGUACUGGGCCUUCUCGGAUAUCCAAACUGGACGUGUCCUGACUAAAGUGACCGAUGAGACCGCUGGAUGUGCUCUGACCUGUGCUCAGUUCCAUCCUGACGGUCUGAUUUUUGGCACUGGCACGGCAGAUUCUCAGAUUAAGAUCUGGGAUCUGAAGGAACGGACCAAUGUAGCCAACUUCCCCGGACAUUCAGGUCCUGUGACGUCCAUCGCCUUCUCUGAGAAUGGAUACUAUCUGGCCACUGGUGCUCAGGACAGUUCACUCAAACUGUGGGAUUUGAGGAAGCUGAAGAACUUCAAGACAAUCACUUUGGACAACAAUUAUGAGGUGAAGUCUUUGGUCUUUGACCAGAGUGGAACAUAUCUGGCUGUUGGUGGAUCAGACAUAAGGGUUUAUAUCUGCAAACAGUGGUCUGAGGUCCUCAACUUCUCUGAUCACUCUGGUCUGGUGACCGGUGUGUCUUUCGGUGAGCAUGCUCAGUUCCUGGCUUCCACUGGCAUGGACAGAAGUCUCAAAUUCUACAGCCUGUAAUAGAAAUGGAGAACCUUCAGGGGAGAUGUGAAACAGGAUGUGAUCAUUUUCCCACAGCAAACAUGUCCGUCAGUAAUAAAUUGUGCAUGUGUAUACAUAGAUAUACAUUCACUGUCAUAUACAUUGUAGUGAUGAAUUCCUCGGACACAUACAGUAUACCUGACUUUGAAUUCAGUAACUUCUUUUGUCAGCUAUUGCUUUAAGACAGAUUUUGGCAGAUUAGGGUUGAUUCAAGCUCUCUUUUUUUUUUUUUUCCUGUCUACCUUUUUAAGCUUUGCUUGUAGACUGGCAAACUUUGUUAGUGACCCAUGACUUCUCUUUUUUUUUAUCCUUUUGUGGACAAUAACAACAAAUGUGAAAUAGAUUCCAAUAAAGUUUAAAUUGUUUUUAUUUAUUGUUUUUUUUUUUUAUUAUUAAUUGAAUAUGCACUUGCAAGAACUGAUCAGGAGUUUGUUUUGAUGCAUUCAGAAUGUCAAUUUUUACAAUGCAGAUGCAAUGCAGUGUAUUUUUGCAGUGUUUGACAGAAGCCUUACAGAGAACAGUGCCUUAAUAUCUGUGAGCUGGACAAUAUCAGCCACUGCCAGGAAGAGCAGGAUGAUGAAAUUUUGUGAGAAACUAAUACCGUGCAAGGGAUCAUCAUCCGUCUGUUGACUUGGAACCUUUGAUCUCACAUUACUGGCACUUAUCAGCCUAAAGCCUGUUCAAGCAUGAUCCCUCAGGUUUUUGACCUGCAUUUUGAAUGCAACUUUAAUUAAAAUAUAUAGAGAUAUGGCCAAGAUGAGCCAUUAAUGUUUUCAUCCACUUUGGCAGAAGAUUAAAAAAAACAUUUAUUUGAGUGUUAAAAACCUACUUUUUGGAGUACUGACGUGAUGUAUCAUGCAUUUUUAAGGUUUCUAAAUUUAGCUAAACUGCUGAAAAACUUGUUGCACACAAUCUACUACAUGUAUUUUGUUGCCUGAUUGGUAGUUUAUUAUACUUUUGUAGCAAGGCUGUUUAGUAAAAUUCUAAAAAGACAAGACAAAAAAAAAACGUAUGUUUUUUGCUGUGAAAUACCUUGAGCAAUUUUUAUAGCAAUAUUUUGACAGAAGCAUUUACAGGACUGAAGCAAUUUAGGUUUGCUUUAUCCAUAAAUAAUUUUUAGAAGCAUUUAGUUAAAUAGUAUCAAAUGAUGCAUUAGGCUUUUAAAGCACGUUUAUUUAUUUGUCUUUUUUCAACUUUGUUUUGCCCCCCACAUCAAAAACUACAGAGCUUUGAUAAUAAAUCUGACCAUGUUUCUUACUAAGACUGUUGAAAUUAUAGUACAAAUAUAUAAAGUACUUAUAAAAUGUCAACCUUUAUCUCACAAUAUUUUUUUUCAUAUGCAUUUUAUGUAAGUAAUGUAGACCU